AUGGCGAAACCUAACAACCCUAUCAAAAUCAUCGCCGGCGCCGAUGACUUCGGCACUCCUCUCAAAGACGCUCUGAUCUCCCACCUCCGUUCCCUCAACAUUGAAACCGAAGACCUCGGAACCUCUUCCUACUAUUCCGCCGGCGCCGAGGUCGGCCGCCGCGUCUCUCAAUCCAAAUCAUCAUCAUCCUCCCCGGAAAUCCGCGGUAUUGUCGUUUGCGGAACCGGUGCCGGCGUCUCCAUCUUCGCCAACAAAUUCCCCGGCGUCUUUGCCACCACCUGUCUCACUCCCUCCGAUGCUAUCAACGCCCGAUCCAUCAACAACUCAAACGUGAUUGCCUUCUCCGGUAAGUACACUUCAUCGGAAACCGCAAUUGAGAUCGUGAACACGUGGCUGAAAACACCUUUCAAGGCUGCAUGUCCUGCAAAUGAUAACAAACCAUGGCCAGAGGAGAUCGAGAAUUUCCUCGACAAAUCACUGAUCGAGAUGCCGGAAAUCGGAAAACGCGAACCGGUUGAUACAUGUGCGGUUUGUUGUUUGGUGAAGAACCGGGAGCUGAACCCGAUCGAUUUGAUUCCCGGAGGUUCAAUGAAGAUUGUUAGAGAGACGCCGACGUCGGCGUUCGUGAGGUUCAAAGCCGGGAGUGUGGAGCCGGCGCAUCAUCACACGUUUGGGCAUGAUUUGGUGGUGCUGGAAGGGAAGAAGAGUGUUUGGAAUUUGACUAAGGAGGAGAGAUAUGAUCUAACGGUUGGAGAUUAUUUGUUUACUCCUGCCGGUGAUGUGCAUAGAGUGAAGUAUCACGAGGAUACUGAGUUUUUCAUCAAAUGGGAUGGUCAUUGGGAUAUGUUUUUUGAUGAGGAUCAUGAGACUGCUAAAAUUGAAAUUGAUAAGGAAUUUGGGAUAGCUAAGUGA